AUGUCCAGCUCGUGCGACCCCAGCGCCUGCCUGCUGCGCUCUGGCGCGGGCGAGUGGCAUUCCGGCCAGUGGCAGUGGGCGAGCGAGGCACGCUGCUGCGGCUUUGGCGAGGUUGGGAGAGAAAGAGCUCGCGCACUCCUGCGCGGCCGCUCGCUCACAUUCGUGGGUGACUCCACCGCGCGGCGGUGGCUGUGGGCGCUCGUCGACUCGGUGGGCGGCAUGCGGCGGCGGCGUGGCCACGCUGUUCCAGACUCGAGCGCAGCCUUUGACUCUAAAGCCAUCGCGCUCAACGACUCGAUGUUCGACACGGCGCGCGCAUACCACGCGGGGCAGGCGGUGCUGCUGAACGUGCGCACCGGCCGCUGGGUGAUGCUCGACCCAGAGCAGCUCUGCGGCGUGCCUCGCAGCGAGUGGACGGUGGACCGGCGGUUCGUGCACGCGGUCGAGAUGGGGCGCCCACCCCCGUGGAGCACGAUGCGGGGCGUGCGCUACCGCCUCCUCGUCGAGGUUGCGUUGCGACGCGGCGCAGACGCGAGGCGCUCGCAGCUGUCGGCGGGCGAGCUGCGGCGGCUGGAGGCGCAGGUGGCGCUGCGGAGCAUGCGCAGGCGCCGGGCGAGGGAGUGGAUGGACCAACAGUGCUCCAAGGCGCUUGUCAGGCCGGCGGCGACCUCUCCCAGCGCGGGGCAACCGGCCGGCGGCGCAGGCGCGGAGCGCGCCACCCGCCUGACCAUCUCGAUGGGAACGACGAGCGGCUAUUGCGGGGCGCUCAUGCACCGCAUGGCCGCCAAGCUGCGCGACUGGACCUCCGACGGCGGCGACAGACCCCCCUCCUCCUCGGCCCCUCCGGCCACGGUCGCGCAAGCUGCCGGCGCGAUGGUCUGCCCGGGCGGGUACGAGCGGGCCAUCGCCUCUGCCCUUCGCAAGCACCGCGCCGCCCUGCAGCUGCCGGCCGAGGAACGCCCCCCCGCUGGGCCGGGGCAGGGCGUCGCGGGGCAUCUCUCUGGCGACCUCACCCUCUUGAGCUUUGUCUACGCCGCCGACCUCGACAGCGAGUGGCGCGGGCUGCCGCAGCUCGCCUGGCCGGCGCAGACGCGGCGCACGCGGCGGACGGCAGGGUGUCCACCCGUUAGGCGCGCGACGCUGACGGGGUGGCAGGCCGACUCGUUCGGGCACGGCGCGCACCUCCUCUUCCUCGCCGCGACGUGGCUCGAGGUCAAGGGGCGGCCGACCGCGCCGGAAGAGCUUGCUUGGGACGGCAAGGUAGAGGCGGUCUGGAAGGACGUAUUGUCAGGCACCCCGCGCCAGACCAUUGCCAGCGGGUCAACCGCCACGCCUGGUCCUUGGCAGACGCGCCAGCUCUACCUCGCGCACGAGGCCAAGCUGCUGGCGCUCGCCGCCGCGCGCACGGUGCCCGCGCUGCCGUGGUUCAACGCGAGCUGGAGCGUCCGACGCGGCGAGAUGCGCCACCACGACCACACGCGCAUCCAUUUCGGCGACGUCGGCCGCCUCUUCCUUGCCCAGCUGACCCUCAACGUGCUGCCGAUCCUGCUCUCGCGGCCUGAGGAGACCCUCCCGCUCCUCCCGCCGCCGCGCGUCGAGCAGCGCAUCAACUUGCAUCGGCUGCGUGCGCGGCCGGGAGGCUAGCGCGCGCGGUGCCGC